AUGUAUGUCAUCGACGCCUUCCUCGGCGGCGCCUUCAGGAGCUACGGUCUCGAUGUACUGAAGUACUCGGAAAUGGAUCACGUCGUACGGGUGGACCCCAUGAUAGCUACCUUCCCCCGGAUGACCAAAUGUACGUUUCAUAAGUUCGGGUCAUCGGGUGAUGUCCAGAAGCACGACGCCUACUGUCUCCUACCCCUCAAUAUAGUCAACGAAAAGAUUUACAUCUUUUUGUGGUUUUGGUUCGUGUUUUUGGCGACGAUUACCGGCAUUACUCUCAUCUACCGGCUGUUUAUCAUGUUUUUCUCGGGAUUACGGUUUUCGGUGUUGCGCUCAAAGGCCAGCGUAACGGACGUCAAUCACUUGCGGCGAGUGAUGGCUGUGUCGAGGAUUGGCGACUGGUUUCUACUGUACCUCUUGUGUAAGAAUACUGAUGCACAACACUAUAAGGAACUCAUACAGGAGUACAGCAAAGAGAUUGUGAACGACGGGUCCGGACAGGCGCUCAUACAUACAGCCCUUCCCGAGAAACCCGGUCUUGAGAUUAAUUCAUAA